UCUUCCGUGACGUUCGCUCAGUUUUUAGCCGAGACCGUGCAAUUUUUUUUGUUUGUGUUCCCCUUCUUUUGGUCACGAGUGUCCAGUGAAAGGGGAAUAAAAAAAAGGCAGUACUCGGUUCUCUCUCUGUACCACUCUCUCCCUCUCCACUUUUUUUAUUGUGCGUGUUUUUGUGUGUGCAGUCAUUUCUCCGUCUGUCUGUCUCUUUUUUUUCUCUCUCUCUCUCUCUCUCUCUCGCUCUCGUGUGCGAAUACGUCGGGCAAUUACUUAAGGGAUGGUCGUGAAGAAAGAGAUUACCAGCAGAGAAACUGAAAAGAGCGUAGAGAGGGGAAAAGAGAGAGGGAGAUGGAAGAGGGGAAAAUAGGAAAACGAGUGUUAACGGGUCUGAUUCGUUAUCGCUGCGGCAGAGCAAAGUGAAGCGCAUCUUUUUUUUUGCAGUUGUUUUCAAAUGAGUUGACGCCAGUGUUAACCAGCUCAAAGUCGUUGCCCGCUGAGACGUUCUUGUGUGUGUGUGUGUGUGUGUGUGAUGGAUGUUUCGUAUCGUCGGCGGAAUUUUGCGGAGAAAUGAGAGAAUCAUCACCGACAGUUCAGCCCACAACUUCACAUUUUCGUCGUUGUCAGACUUAAGAUUCGUUUUUUUUUAUACCGACGCCCGCUGCUGUCUGCUGUCGCACUUCAUCAGUCACGCCAGCGCUUGGCUUCCGCCGCGUUUUGCAUCACAUUUUGAUUUUCGUUUCAUCAAAAGGAGAUGCUAAUGAGAAGCCGACGAGACGUCUGUGCGCAGCAAUAAAACAAUUUUUGUUUUAAACAAGAUAGACGCAACUCGCAAAUAAAAGUAAAAAGCGGCAAGAGGAAGAACAAAGAAAGACUGGAAAUUCUAAUUCCGUUACGUCUGUAGGUGUUGUGAAAUAAAAGUGCAGUUCGGCGCAGAUCACCUCGUCAUCAGCUUGUCUUGCCUUUCGGAAUUCUCACACGUGAACGAGAGAAAAAUCUAAACUGAAAGGCCAGCUGAUGCCCCGCCAGCCAACAGCCUGCAGCGCCACUAGAUAACACGAACCUCCGGCUCGAUGGGACAGCACGGGAUUGUUUGGACAGUUGAAUCAGACCAGUUCGGCCAUCGCAACCAGACCCGUAGGACCAGUAUCGCCGGAGACGGAGGAAGCGGAGGUACCGGAUGAUCUCCUGCAUCCAACAGGGUGAACAGGCUUUGCAAUCCAUUUUACAGGGUUAGCAAUACGUUGGCUACCAAAAAUCCAAAACACAUCAACGAAAGAAGCCGUUUUACGCAACUGCCUGCACACGAUAGAAAGACUACUCGUCGUACUACUUCACACACAUAUACGGCCAAAGUUAUACAAAAGGCUUCAACAACGAACGAACCGGCGUCUUAUAAAACACCGUGGUUAGGUGAAAUCUUCUUAGAAUUUCAUACGUGAGACCAAGGUCGGCGAGUGCGUAUCAAAUCACACCGAGGCGGCACAAUAAAGCAUCGCCAUGAAUUUGAUGUACUUUAAGAAUUUGCGGGGCGACAGGGACGGAGGGACGACUGGGUUGCUAAGCAACACGAGACGAACGGCUGGCAUAGACGGUGGCGGUGUCAGCAGCGGAGGUCCUAGUUACGGCGGCGUCAGAGGUCUCAGCGCAGGAGGCGGAGCCAAUUCACGCUCCUGGUUCAAUGCCGGAGUGACUGGCGGUGGGGUAGGGGGCGUGUCAUCACUGGCUCGAGCUUCGGGUCCAGGCAGCGGACUAGCGUCUUCCCUCGGCACAGCUGCUUGUGGUGCUUCAGCCACAGGUGCGGGAGUAGGCACUGGCGGUUCUACGGGAGCGGGCGGCAGCGGCCUCAACACAGAGAUGCAUCACUUACGCACUCAUCCGCUCGGUCUGUUCGACCUGCCGAGACACGCGGCCGACGGCAACGGCGGCGGCGGUUUCGAAGAUACUGAUCGAGGAGUAUCGGGUGCUUCGCGAAAUUCGGCGUUGGCCUCGGGCGGCCCGUCGGCAGCCGCUUCUUCGGCCAACAACCGCUGGAGUCACGGCGGCUUGGACCGACUUGAUCCAAUUAUUGGAGGCGGAAGUGGAAGCGCUGGAAAUAGUCGACCCGACUACCGUUACACUCGUGUCGACCGACAGAGAAUGGUGGACAGUGCAGCAGUCGAUACCAGUGGUGGUGUCCCUGGCGGGUCGCGCUCCGUCCGAAGUGGAUUGUACGCCGGAGAGCAUCAGUUCACCGGCGAGGUGUGUUUAAGUGUUUCCGGAUUGAGCGGAAGCGGCAACGCCAGGGGUACUGUACACGUCAGUGGCAGGACGGGCAAACAAGUCAGUUUCGGCCGUCACAGUCCCGACGUUAGUGGCAGUGGCAGCAGUGCUGGAACAAUGGAGCGAGAACGAUCGCGUGAGUCAGACAAACGAUUACGCGGCUCUGCAGGAGCUGGCGGUGCGGGACCAGUCAUCGGCAGUGGCAUUUCGUCCAAUAAAGAAAACAGUGAGAACAGCAGUCGUUCCACUUUUCCUCGUUCGUCCAUUGUGGCCAGCAAAAGAUCCAGUCCCGAACGAAUUUUAGCCUCCGAUCGAGGGCGGCCUUCCUCCCGCGACGACUCGGCUGACGGCCGAAGACGACGACCGAAUUCCACCAUUUUGACUGCCGAAACAAGUUUAACAUUACCGGAUAGCCGAGGACUCGGUCACGGUCGAGGAGGCAGUGGCGGUGCUGGAUCGAGUCGGCGAGGUGUUGAUGGUCGUGAUGUCAAUAAUCGAAUCUGUUCCAACAACGAUCCGACAUUCGACGAAUUGAUCGAUCCCAAGGACCUCAACUUGAACGAGAUUGCGCGCGACUGCUUCAUCAUCCCCGUCCAUCUGGUCAAUCGUUUCCUACCUCUCGGAGUCACGCUGCCUCAAACGGGUCGGGCGUCGAUGAGCGUCGUGGAAGUCGAUGAUCCACAGCUCAUCAUCCUGCUACACUUUAUGACGCCGUUCAUGUCCAUCCAGCCCGUUUUCGAGUCUCCGCUGGCCCGGCCGGCUUCACUGCAAGGCAGCAUGGCCUCGCAACUGCUCAUCGACCUACUGCGCGAUCGACCCGGUGCCCACGGCAUGCUGCUCGUCAGCAUAGAGCAGGACGUGGACUACCCAUACAUCAAUUACGGAGCGCCCGACAGGCAACAGACCAAUGGAGAAGAGUGGCAACAGACGGCCAGGUUGGCGUCGCUUGAACGGUUCGAGCCGCAAAAUUUGCGCUAUUUCAGCGACCACUUGGUCGACGUCUACGAGGAAGCGGCCACGAUCGCCCGGCCGCCGCUCCAACCCGCCUGCCGCCGGCCUCUUUCCAAUAAGACGGGCUACAUCGUCUGCGUCUACAAGGUCUUUGACGGAGACGACGGAGAAAAGUUUGAGCGCAACUGGCUCUACUGGACAGGAGCCCGGAUUCUUUAUCAAUGCGUGCCGCGCUGCGUGGGAUUGCGCCGGAUCACGUUGCACAAGUCCGUCUCUGCCGGCGACAAACUCUACACGCUGAUGUGCGAGUGUUCGAGCUUCAUGGACCAUUUGCAAGAGGCGGCUUACAUCGCACCGGCCCUGCGCGCCCGUCUCUGCGGCUACUGGUCCAUUUACCGGGUGGCCGACGUGUACUAGUCAAAUUUUGUGGUGAACGAGGACGACCAAAUAAAUAAUUGAAAGAAAACAAACAGAAAAAAAA